GCCCAAAAACUUCUGUCUCUGUCUUCGCCAGCCAUCGCAGCAAUGUUGAACGCCGUCGCUCGAGCUUCUUCGGGAAUUUUGAGAACAGUCCAACCGACUGUUUCUCUUAGCCACAUCCAGAAUGGACAAUCCAAGGUCCUUCCGGCUCUUCUCUCGAAACGAAGCUUCUACACUUCAAAGCUGGUGAGCGCCGGAGCUGCUGCCAAAGCUGCUGCCCCAGCUGCAGCCCCAGCUGCAGCUAUUGCUAACGGAAAGAUUGUCGCAGUCAUCGGUGCCGUCGUCGAUGUCCAGUUUGAAGAUCAGCUCCCACCCAUCCUCAAUGCCCUCGAAGUCUCCAACCGCAGCCCAAGGCUGAUUCUUGAGGUUGCCCAGCAUUUGGGUGAAAACACUGUCCGUACCAUUGCCAUGGACGGUACUGAGGGUUUGAUUCGUGGCCAGCCUGUUUUGGACACUGGAUCACCCAUCAGGAUCCCAGUUGGACCCGAAACUCUUGGUCGUAUCAUGAAUGUUAUUGGUGAGCCUAUCGAUGAGAGGGGUCCCAUCGUCACCGAUAAAUUCGCUGCCAUCCACGCCGAGGCUCCUGAAUUCGUUGAGAUGAACGUCGCCCAAGAAAUUUUGAUUACUGGUAUCAAGGUCGUCGACUUGCUUGCUCCUUACGCCAAGGGAGGCAAAAUUGGUCUCUUCGGUGGUGCUGGUGUCGGUAAAACUGUAUUGAUUAUGGAACUGAUUAACAACGUCGCUAAGGCCCAUGGUGGUUACUCCGUGUUUGCCGGUGUCGGUGAACGUACUCGCGAGGGUAACGAUCUUUACCACGAGAUGAUUGAAUCCGGUGUCAUUUCCCUGAAGGACAAGACCUCCAAGGUAGCUUUGGUGUACGGUCAGAUGAACGAGCCCCCCGGUGCUCGCGCCCGUGUCGCUUUGACUGGUUUGACUGUCGCUGAAUAUUUCCGUGAUCAGGAAGGCCAGGAUGUGUUGCUCUUCAUUGACAACAUUUUCCGUUUCACUCAAGCUGGUUCUGAGGUGUCUGCUUUGUUGGGUCGUAUCCCGUCUGCUGUCGGUUACCAGCCAACUUUGGCCACUGACAUGGGUUCCAUGCAGGAGCGAAUUACCACCACCAAGAAGGGUUCCAUUACUUCCGUGCAGGCUAUCUACGUGCCUGCUGACGAUUUGACUGAUCCCGCCCCUGCCACUACCUUUGCUCACUUGGACGCCACCACUGUGUUGUCCCGCGCCAUUGCUGAGUUGGGUAUUUACCCCGCUGUCGAUCCCCUCGAUUCCACCUCCCGUAUGAUGGACCCCAACAUCAUCGGUGAUGUCCACUACAACGCCGCUCGUGGUGUCCAGAAGAUCCUCCAGGAUUACAAGUCACUCCAAGACAUUAUCGCUAUUUUGGGUAUGGACGAGUUGUCUGAAGACGACAAAUUGACCGUCGCCCGCGCCCGUAAGAUCCAGAGAUUCUUGUCUCAGCCCUUCCAAGUCGCUGAGGUUUUCACUGGUCACGCCGGAAAGUUGGUCCCCAUUGCCGAAACCAUCAAGGGAUUCAAGAUGAUCUUGAACGGUGAACUCGAUCACCUGCCCGAGGCCGCCUUCUACAUGGUCGGCCCGAUCGAAGAAGUUGUUGCCAAGGCAGAGAAACUUGCUGAAUCGCAAGCAUAAGUCGCCUGACGGAAUAGACCCAUCCCUCAGCUGUAGAUUUGGAAGUCGCAAAUGAAGAAAAUACAUGUCAAUCUUUCACCACAUGGUUACAUCCAGUCUAACGAGCGAGUUCCACCGUCUCUGCAGUUCUAAUAGCGUUGUGUAGAUGUUCCGGAUUCCUUUGUACAAAGUAAAGAUGGAAACCGUU